UUUUUUUUUUGCAGUGUUAAUGUUUUACAACCAGGAAGCAGGGCUGCUGUUUCUCUUGGGCAACACUGGAGUUCUGUUUAAUUUAGUAUAAUGAUUUUUGGUGGAUUUCUUAUAAGCAACAACUGAAGUUAACAAGCAGAAGCAGUCAUGGAGGUGUUUGUUCUGAUGGACUUCGAGGGCAUUAACGAUGAGUUGAAAAUGAAAGCUGGUGAUGUCAUCAAGAACGUCAGGGCAGGAGCGGAGCAGGGCUGGAUGGAGGGAGAGCUGAAUGGCAAGAGAGGAUUUUUUCCCAGCAACUUUGUCAAGGAGAUUCCCUCAUAUUUAAUGGGUGACCAUCUCCGAGAACCAAGAAGCAUUCGAAAAUGUAAAACACUGAAGAAAAAACAGACCCUCUGUGAAGUGGCCUUCGCCUAUUCUCCUCUGGACAAGGACGAACUUGAAUUGAAAGAAGGGGAAAUUAUAGAAUUUAUAAAGGAGAUAGAAGAUGGCUGGUGGCUGGGUAACAAAAAUGGCAAAAUAGGGGCUUUCCCGUCCAACUUUGUCAAGGAGAUUCCAGAAACUACUGACGGGCCGAACAGCACUGCUGUAAAACAAAGACCAAAGCUGUCAGAAGCAUUGUUCACUAAAGAGCUGGAAAAGCAACCACAAUUGCAACACACAUGUGGGGCAGGCCAGAGGCUUGACAUAAACCAAGACAACGAACGCUGUAAGGUUAUGUUCGAUUACACUGCCACUGCUGAAGAUGAACUGGACCUGAAGAAAGGGGAUGUUGUGGUAAUAAUCAAUAAGGACACAGACGACGAGGGCUGGUGGGAGGGAGAGCUCAAUGGCAAACAUGGCUUCUUUCCUGAUAACUUUGUCAUGGUUCUCCCUACAGCGUGUUUGAUGCUGGAGAACACUGACAGGCCUCUUAGAAGAAUGCUUGACAAGAGUUCAGUGUCUAAACCAGGAGUGCCAGCAAUGGACAUCAAGAACUGUUCUGACCAUAGCAGGCCUGAGGCAGACCUUUUAAAAGAUGAGAGAAAGGACCUGAGGAGUGAUCCUCCCUCCAAGCAGCUCCUCCCUCCUCUGAAGAAAGUGCCACCACCAGUAAAGAACAAGCCUGUCAAAAACCUGCCAAGCAAAACAAAUGGAGAGAUCGCCCCAUUAUCACCCAAACCUACAGAGAUGGUAAAAGAGAAGGCAAAGGAGACAGAUUCAAUUCAUAUUGAAGAUGUAGCCAUCUCUUCAGACAAGCUAAGCCACCCCACUGCCAACAGAGCCAAACAUCAGGGAAGAAGACCCCCGUCUCACCUGGUUAUUAAUAAAACAACUGUGGAAAAGCCUUUGCUCUCACCAGUAACACCAAAGAACAACCACGCUGCCUCCCAUUUUCCGAGGGUCACUUCCCCGUUAAAAGCAAUUCCAUCACAGAGCAUACCAGAGACCAAACCCAAGGCUGAGCAAGAGACGCAUGAAAAUAUAGAGGAGCUCAAGGCUGAAAUCAGGGACCUCAGCUUGGGACUGGCGUUGCUAAAGACCCAACAUGUGAGGGACAUAGAGGAUUUGAAAAAAGAAAUGAAGGCAGAGGCAGCAAAGCGCAUGGCACUGCAGGAGGAAGUGGAAAUGCUAAGGAAAUCUGUCAACCAACAUUAACACUUGUUACAAAUUUGUGGCAAACGCCUUAAUGUCCUGGAGAAUGCUGCCGUAUUACUGUUUCUUAUUAACACAGCCAUGUAGUUAAGCUUUUUUUUACUGACAAACUUGGAAAGGUUUACUGAGAAGACUGCUCAAGGUAAAGCUGUUAUGAUGGCUGUAACCAAUUAUAACAGACAAACAACAAUAUAGCUCAGCCCAUGAGCGUAUUCAUCUGGCUUAACUAUUAAUAUGUUGAACAGUAAGUUAUUAUGUCCAGGUAUUUUUGGUGUGGGGUUGCAGCUUUGUAAGACCCCACUGUGAAGUUUUGACCCUCACAGUAAAUACGGUCAGCUGUGACUGCAUGUUCAAACUUCCUUCUUUGAGAAAGAUACUGGAAACUGAAUCUCCGGUGGCCGUAUCAUUGAACUGAUCAUUGUGUCGCCUGGGUGGAGAGAUUUUGAACUGACAUUUUGCAACAAGUUGAUUAUUAUAUGUUGCUUACUGUAUCGGUGUUAUAACUGAUAUCAAUGGGAUUAGAUUAGAUAGGGGAUAAUGUUAACUAUCACAAAUAGUAAUUGUAUUAUGCUUGUUAUUAAUAUGCAGUAUAUUUAGUCUCUGACUGAAGGCAAAGGCCUUCAUCUUUUGUUUUUAAUAUGAUGACCCGUUUCCUAAUAUACUGUGAUAUAUGUACUGUGUACACAUCUUCGUUUGAACAUCACAAAACAGUGUUUACUGUGCGACGAGGCUGGGAGUGAUUUGAGGAGGUCAGUGUUUUUUUUACAGUAAUUGUACAGCAAGGAAAGAGCAUUCUGAACACUGGAUCUCUUGACAUGAGAUCUGCAAAAGAGUUUAACACUGAGUAAAGUCACAUCCUCUUUCGGAGUGAGCUUGACCUUGUAUUUCAAUAGGUUUUCUUUACUUUCUCUUGGGCCCCAACUGAUGGUUCAAUAGCCAGUGUUGUGCUGUUAUUGUAAGUGAGACUGCUCAACCCUUUCAGUCCUGAAUUAUGUUUGUCGAGCUGAAGAAUGCAAAAUUGAUCUAAAAUUCAAAAAGGAACUCCUUUACUGAGUAGACAUGAGAACAAGACCAGAGAAGGUGGAAUCUUCAGGGCCCCGCCAGGACAGAAAGGGUUAAUGUGUCUCUUAAAGGAAUAGUCCAGUUGGAAUUGUCUUCAUAGACCCCAUUCACAACCCUUUAACUCAUGAAUUAUUUAAGGAAUAUUGUUUAUAAAGUCUGUUCGAUUAAAGAUUUGUAUGCACAACAUUAACUGUUCUAGAUGCCAGCAACUGUGAACAAUUUCUGUGUAUCACGAAUAUCUACAUAAUAUCCAUAAAAACUUGCUUUCUUUAGAUAACUCGUGUGUUCAAGCUUUGUGAAUAAGGCUAUAUGUCCCCUUUAGUCACUGCAUGCAUAACUAUACUACAUGAAGUUUCCUAUAUUUUUUCUAAUACUUGUAUGGGGUGUUUUUUCUUUUUCACAAGGUUAUAGCAGUGUAACUUUUCAAACUCCAUAGAGUUCACACAGCCUGUUUUAAAAUGUCUAUAAAGUAGGGGAUAUCUGUACUGUCUGGGUUUCUUAUUUCAUAGUGGUUAACUGUUGCAUAUUUUGUCCAAAGAACUUUUGCCAAAAACAAUCUGCUUGUAACUGCCAUUUAAUAUUAUUCACCUGAGUUGCCUUUCAAACAAAAUGCAUUGCAGAACGUUGCAGGCUUUGUCCUAAACUGAUGGCGCUAAUAGUGUCACACUACCUGAAAUGAUCAUUUUUAGUCGCUGGUAAGGCAUAUGAAUGUUUCCUUUUUCAUAUUUUUUAUUUGACUAAAUCUACUUGUAUUAAAUAAAUCCAUUUUAUUUACAUGCUG